UUCCUCAGCUGUCAAACCCAAACUUUUGAAUCACGAUUUUUUGAGCAGAACGCAAAGAGUGUUUUCUUGAAAACAGUUAACUUUUACCAGGAAUAAGUUUUUAAAACCUUCUAAUUAUGGAUGAUCCGGAACUGGACUCGAUCCGCCAGCAGCGCCUCCAGCAGAUGCAGGGCGCCAACCCGGAGCAGCAGAAGGCGCAACAGGAACAGAUGGCCGCCCAGCAGGAAAUGAAAAACUCGAUGCUGUCACAGUUGCUGGACCAGAAUGCGCGCGCCCGGCUCAACACACUGAAGAUCAGCAAACCGGACAAGGCGCAGAUGGUGGAGGGCAUGAUCAUCCGGAUGGCACAGAUGGGCCAGAUUGGCGGCAAGCUGGACGACGCCUCGCUGGUGAAGCUGCUGGAGAGCCUUAACCAGCAGAUGCCCCGCAGCAACUCGACGGUCAAGUUCGACAGACGGCGUGCCGCGAUGGACUCGGACUCGGACGAUGAUUACGGGAUUUGAGGUUGUCGCGGGGACCGUGGUUGGCGGGGAGUUUUUGAACAGAUGUUGGUUCCGAGCUAACGGUUGGAUGCAAUUUGUGCGCUUCGCUUCUGUGCUUGUCUCUGAUUAAUGCUAAGAAUUUAAUAAACCGGUUUGACUAACAAACUAAACGAAA